AAGACACCGCACACCACCGCCCGUGUUCUAGAGAUUCGGAGGAGGAGCGGCCGGCAAGGCACCGCCCACCACCAUCGGAGGCAGGGCCGCUUCAUCAGAGCCCAGGAUGAGGAUGGCUGUAGACCUGGGUGUGCGGGUUCCUCCUGCAGUGACUCGCGAGAUACGUCGUUUCGGAAUCAUUGUUAACUUGCUGUCCAUCUUCAUUGACAUUGCUCCACUUCUGCUUGUGGUUCUUUCAAAUAAUUGGAAGCGAGUGAGCAAGUUUUUCAGUCUGGAAUCUUUCACUGUUAGUGCUACUCUGAAUUUUCUGCUGCUCUGUCAUGUUCUCUUUGUGAUUGAAAAUAAGGAGCAACACCGUGACGUCUUGUUCGUUAGUGUGGUGGGUUUUGUUACGGCUACCGUGUUUGCAGUUCUUCUCCUUGUCCACCGUGUGGUAAUGGAAAAAAGCUACUCGUACCUUGGGCGCCUGUUGAUGGUCCUUGUCCUGCUUCUCUUUCACGCGGGUUCCCUAGUGGUGUUGUGCGGUAUCUUCGCAGACUAUCAGACCACUGGAUACCUCAUCAAUGGGCUUGGAUUUUUUGUCGUUCUUAUCUCGAAUGGAAUUACUCUUUACCCAGUCCUGAGUCGCAAGGGGUUCCCCGAUGACGAUACUAAGCAUUAUACAUUGAUUAUGUCCAUCAUGAACAGCGCAGAUGCCUUCUUUUUUGUGAUCUACGCUGUUUGUCUCGGAUCGUUUGGCUUUCUCUCGGCGAUCUGUCUUGUGAAUGCUACGUGUGGAGGGAUACUAUUUCUUGCAUUGACUGUCCCUGCACUUUUUUAAGGGACUGCUGAAGGGGUUGCUUAAGGUGGAGGAAUGGUGUGAGGCAUGCGCCGCAAGCUGCGGUGGCUUCUUUCGCUUCAUGGGCUUCAUUUUCAGCUACAUUUUCAGCCUUCACGAGGACUGAACUGGGUUCGGGGAGAACUGCUUUGCCGACGAAAACUGAUACAUUUGUCCACUGAAACGAAGUUGUGUAACGAUAUGGCCACCUGAACGAUCAGGAUAUGUCGCCGGUGUGCCUUGUUUGCAAUUUGUCCCGAAAUUUUGUAAUGAUAUGGGCCACCUGACGAUCAGGAUAUGUCGCGCUGUGUGCACUGUUUGCAGUUUUAUU